CUUUUGUGUUUUUGGAAAGAGAACAUUUUGUUCUCGCGGUGGCUCUGAAGAUGGAGUCUCCGACUUCCUACACGGCCCUAUUGGAGCUUGAAAAGGGCAGCCAUGGCUCCCCGAAAGAUCAUUUAAAAGAGGCCGCGCGAAUUAUUGGGGUUGAUUUAGACUCAUAUCCCCGGGGUGAGGAGCCUUACUUUUCUAGCAGCAUCGCUGUCCAAGUCACUGCCGCUCCAAAGGAGGAAUGGGUGCUCCGGUGGUUAAUGAAGAAGUUGAAGGCCCCACUGAGCGAAGUGAAUUCGAGUUACACGGUUGAAGAAUCUUCGUGGAUCCUUUUUCGUAUAUUGUUGGGCCGAAUUCCUCCUAGAACGUUGGCAACAAUUUUAACGGAGAACAAAUUUUUGAAUGUCCUGCAGAGUUCGUUGGAAGAAAUAGAAGCGUUGAUAUCUCGGUCUUCUGGGCCCAUUACACAGCAUGGAGUCUCGAAAUCUUCCUCCGGAAGCCGAAAGAGAAAGAGAACAGAGACUCCGGCUGAAAGCGGGGCACCGCCUGUUUCUUCUUGCCCGUCAAACUCGCUGGUAUAUACUUUCCUUUCAGUGGCGAGCACCGUGAAACGCCUCGUAGUUUUAGCCGAUUCAAUCCGCCAAGCUACGCUUAAGGCACAAGUGCAGCUUAUACUGCGAGGGGAGCCAAAAAUUGCGGCAGAUUUGCUCAGACGGGCUCUUCGUUGUGCGGCAUCAGUUGAUGAAGUGUUGCGAAAUAAUCACGAAUUGGACGCCGUGGAUGGGUUCUUUAAGGACAUGUUAGCGAUUAUAGAAAUUUGGAAGCUUAGGUCGGAUGGCGAUGGAAAUGCCAAGUUAAAUAAUGGUGUUUUCGCCUCAAAAGCCUUGGAACCUGCUCUGAGAUUCUUCGCAGCGACUCUAAACGACACAAAUCAUUCUGAAGCAAGAAAAAGUUUUAUACAAGGCAUUGAGAGGCUAAUCGUGGUGCACGUCGUCCUCCCUCUGCGGAGUAUCUUCUUCGCGUCAGUAUCUAAAGGCUCCGCCCAAGCCGGUAAAGCGAUUCUCCCGAGGCAAGUUAAAGUAAUCUCGGAUGAAUUAGUUUCUCAGUUACACCCCGACUCUAUAGAGGCUAUGUGCGGGAUUUUCCCGCUUUUCUUGGACAUUGCUAUCCGUGCUUUACCCCGAGAUACCUUUAAACGCCAGGUGAACGAAGCUCCAUGGUUAGAAACGCUCUUCGCAACGCUGUCCACCCAGGCAGGCUACUCUUUGUCAGCGGAUAAGCGACUUGAAUCUCAGACCAGUUUUGUGUUAUUACAAGACCUGCUCCAAGUUGUCAUUGACCGAAAUUUGACUUUGUCUCUUGAUACGCUUAUUCAAUACACAGUUCGCUUUUCUGGAUUGCACAAAGACUAUCCGGCAGAACCACAGUGGGCAUUAGUGUCACAGAUUAUUCAGAUCGGCGUCGAUGUUUUCUUGCCGAACUCGGGGCUCGAUGAAUCGAAAUAUCUCCUAGAGUCUCUUAUCAGCCAGGUAACUUUGCUCUGUCAACAGCCGGGGGGGUUUCCCAACGGUGUUUAUGCACUAGUUAAAGACGGUAUUAUUCUUCCUUUGCUCAAUGGAUUCUUCGGGGCGAGAGAUAGUGAUACAUUACUCCGAAUUUGGAACGAGCAGCUUCGACUCCUUGACAGUGCGCGUUCGAAUGAUAAAACCAUCCCCCCAUUUUCUAUUUGGGAAGACGACGACUUUUCCAAGUCAUAUGGGACAUUAGUAGCUAGCAGCGUAUCGACCCCGCACAUAAAUUCUCAAAUUGACAAAAUUGUUUCAACGCUAUCGCACCCCGGGCACUCAUCGGAAAUCUAUGCUAGUCUUGUUUUCCUGGAUUCGAUUUUACUUCCAAAACAAGGUAAAAAGGGAGAAUCCCUUCGAGCGCUUUAUCGUCAAACCAUUUUCGAUACAGUGGAAACUUUAAUCCCUCUAUCUUCCGGAUCAUACUGGAGGUGGCGGCUAUGGAGAAUUCUAGGAAGCUCGGUGCAUGUCGCAGGCAUUUCCGACCAGAACGUCUCUCGCACUGUGACAACGUCUAUUCUACCGACAGCCAAAAGGAUCUUCGAAUCGUUUGACCUGAAAAUCGGGGACUCUAGCGACAUUGGACGAUGUCAAGAAGCAUUUUGGUGUUUCAAAUUCGUGGUUUCCCUUGCUGGGGAGCUCAAUGAUGACCUUCUUAGUGAUUAUCUCGAUAAACUGGUUCCUACUAUCGUUUCUUUGUUAGAAAAUAUACCAGACCCCAGGGCUGUUGUGUGGGACGGCCGUGUCGAAGGGAUUACCUCCCCACCAGUCAUCGCAAGUGGUUGCCUGUCGACGUUCCUCGCGAAGGGCCAGGCGUUGGCGUUGCUCUCGACAGAUUUGCGGCGUCGGCUUCUCACAACACUCCUCGCCACAGUUAUGAAAGCUACUGGGAGCCGGCAGAAGUCGUUAGAAAACCAAUUGGUUCGAUCUGGUAAUUCUGGCAUUCAGCUCGCCGACCUUUGGUCUGGUUUCGUAUCGCGAGAGUUCCUCUUGGCCUCACCCAAUGUUGUUUACGACCUGACGUUUGUUCUUUUUGAACACCUAAAGAAAGCUGGAUCAAAUUGCGAUACCAUCGCUCGAUACCUUCUCAAUAUCCCAGUUCGGCUGAUCCCGCGCCUCCAAAGGGGAAAUCUGUUAGACCUUCUCGAAGAAAUUAUUCUACAAAAGAAACUUCCUUCAGAUGUAGAGCUUGACAUAUUGACUCUGAUGACAAGGCUGGUAGAUGCACCGAAGUCCCCCGCGAAUAUCACCAGUAACGAUCAAGCGCUUUGGAAACUUGCAGGUUCGAUAUCCGUGGGCAACUCAGAUUCUGACCUGCAGCUCUUUCAGGCUGUCAAACAGCUGCACAAAGCAGUGAUAGACAAGGUUUUGAUUUCCUCAGAGGGAAACCUGGGAAAAUACGGCCAGAAAGUCUACAGUGCCAUUCGUGAGCCGAAAAAGACCAUGAAAUCUGUUGAUUUUGAGACGAUGGAAUAUUACGUGUUUGUACUAUCCCUCCACUUACUCCACACUCACAGAUCCGAACUUGAUGAAAAGAAACGUGAGCGUAUCGAACUCUUGCGGAAAGAAAUUCUCACCCAAGUCUUGUCGGAGUUGAAAUCCCUAUCUCGAAAACUGAAAAAGCACCCGGAAGAAGUGGAAUUAAAGCCUUUGACUGGUAUUUUCGCAGUUGCGGAUACUCUACAAGAUUUGCUCCAAGGUAACAAAGACGCCUUGGGGAUCUUGCGGAAGCUUGAACAAUAUGCAACGGCGUCUGAUUGUGAUGGGGUUGUACAAAGAUUCGUUAAACGGCGAAUGCUGGCAUGGAAAGCAACUAGGCCACAAAUCUGUACCACACUUUUGGAACAAUCUUCCUUGGUUUCAGUCCAACGGCUUCAGGAGAGCGAUGAGAAGCUCACUGUGUAUGAGAUCUAUUCGCAGCUGUCCACCCUGUCGAAAGAUGCGCUUAUUGGUUUCCUUCGUGAUACUCGCAGCUCCGGAUUUCUGGGAGACCAAGCAGCCUAUCGUUUAUUACUGGUGGGUAUAGCUCUAGGCUUAUUGGACCCUAUUGACGACAGAGAGAGUCCAGCGUCUUUAGAGUUGACUUCAACAUUUACAGACGCGACGGAGGCACUAUUACUUUGCACUUCGAUAGAGCCGUUUUGCUUAGCGGCAGAGUGUCUCGAUAUCCUCCUACGCACACAGCCGCGUUCUAUAUCACAGUGGAAUGUCGAUAAUCUUCUUGCAAAGGUUGCCGUCGUAGUAUCCCCAUCUGGGCCUAAAAUCCCCUCGGAGUAUGCGGGGACCAUAUUCGCACGGCUCUGCCGGCUGCUAGGAAUUCUAUUUGGGUUAUACCGCAAGAAGCUCAGUGGAAGAUUUCAUCUUAUCCUUCCAACCUUGCAAAGAAUGCUGCGAUGUCUCUUCGCCAGCGAUUCUAGGGCGACGAAGUCGUUGACAUUGGCAGCGACGCAUCCAACGUGGAUCGGAAGUGGGAGUGGAACACCAUUGCAACCUGAGCAUGCUGCCCAAUAUACGCGUCUCUUGACUUCGCUGUGCGACCCUACCGUUUCCGCCGUGGAGAACCAGCGCGGCGGUCAAAGCCAGGGAUUGACUGAUAACACGAAGAAGGUGAAAAGCCUUGCUGGUCAACACCUACAAUACCUUAUCAUGGAGUACGUAGGAGCACAAUUGCGAGGCCAUUUGGCCCCUGAGAUCAAAGCUGCGCUGAUGCAGGGCUUUUAUGCGGUGCUGGAUGUCAUGUCGAAGAAUACGAUGAAAGCCAUGAACGCGGCCAUGGAUUCUUCGGCAAGGGCAGUCUUCAAGGGGCUAUAUGAUGACUAUGUCAAGUUUGGGAAAUGGAACCACGAUUGAUUUGUAACGAGUCCAUCACGAUAUGUCAGGAGACGCAUUCUCAGCCUGCUCGAAAGUAUACAAUACCCAUAAAUGGUAUCCCGCCCCUUUUCCUUCGCGCCGUUCGAAGCGGCUCUGCACUUCUUUGUAUCUCCGUUAGGCAGGUAUAGCUGUUGUCGUGACUUCAUGCGAUUUGCAGCUCCCAUUUCCGGAAGCCGACAAAAACGCUCUUUCCCCGCUUUUAACGGCGGAGUGGAGCACAUGAGCCGCAAGCGGAGCUUCUCAAACACUGCAAUUUGAUUGGUGCGCGAGGGAGCCAGACCUUGCGCAUGACGUCAUCCCGCGCGCUCUCCAAAGCAUCGCUCCCUCGUCUUGCUAGGCUUGCUUCUGGUACGGCCAGAGGUCGGACGCUGGAAUUAUGCUCGGGAUGAUGAGAUGUGAGGACUCAGCACAUGUCUGGUAAAGGUGCUGAAGUUGAGCUCCCCGGGCGCAGCGAUAGUUAGCCUUCAUACGCAUCUGUAGACAGUAAUAUCAUCUAAAAUUCAGCUCCUAGAGGGAACGGGGCACAUUCA